CAAAAAUCGUACUUUUUUACAUCAUCGAACAUCUUUCAUAAUUUUUCGAUCGUAUCUUCAAAUCAGUUUUCUUUCUGAAAUUCAUCAUGUAUUUCACAUUUAUCAUCUGUCAUUUAGUUUUAUUAAUAAAUUUUUCCGUUGAAGCUUCCAAACUUCGAAUUAAACAACCUCAAGUGAAAGAUGAACCGCCACAUGAUUCCAAACAAGAAGAAACGAACAAGUCAGAAAAAUUCAUUAAGAAAUCCGAUUUGGAAGACCUCGUUCGUCUGAAGAACCUGUACUUCGUGCGAAAUUACAUGGAAGAGUUCGAAACGCAUUUAGCUCUCCAUUUCAUACCAAAUUGGAACCAAGUCGAUGCGUUCAAAUCGCCUGCCAAACAAAGCAUCGAGAUUCGUCGUCAAAAAUGGGAAUAUAUUCUCCAUAAUUUUAACGACUCGCACAUCGUCCAACGUUUAAACACGGAAAUGAAGGAAGCCGGAAUUAAUCAGACGACGUUUUGUAACGACAUGGCCGAAAUUUAUUUCACUCUUUCAGAUAACGCUUAUAUUUUCGACAAACAAUUUAACCCCGAUAAAGAACAAAAAUCUAAUCAGUCCAUCGGCGCUUUACUACAUAAAAAAAGUGUGCUCGUUUUCAUGAACUCGAUUUCUGGCUCCAAAUUGAAAUUUAAUCCCAACGAAGACUUGGUACAGCUUCCGAAAUCGAUUUACAUCGAGUUGAUGCGAAAAGAUGCACAUGCAUCGCUCCUAAAACAGCAUUAUGUGAAUCGAAUGCAACGUUUGAGAAACGCAUACAAGAAAAAGAUUCGACAUAUUCGUGAAGAUCAAAGUCGAUACAUUGACAGUGAUGUUUCAUCGUACUAGAUCGACUUUAUUUUUAACUUUGUUUAUCGUUAUAAGUUCCUUCCAGGUGUACUGAUUUUUUGUUCCUUGGUGAUAUUUGAUUCCAAAUCGAUCAUUUUGAUCCUUUAUAUUGAAACAACAAUUGUUAUAGUAGUUGUAAUAAAAUAAUUCGAAAAAUAA